AUGAGCUUUUUCUCGUCAUUUUUUGAAGCAUCGAAGAGCUGUGUGAGCGCUAUUCAAAGCGGUGACCUCACUUCGGUUAAACAACGCUUCGGGACUGGCCUCGUUUCAACUCUCAAAGCUCUUCGAAAUGUACUGCACGAUGAAAGCUCAAAAAUCGAAACAGAUUUCAUUAAGAUUGAAGCUCGAGAAGACGAAUCAACGAGCUUCAACUCAUCCCUAAAAAUCAAUGGAUUUAAGAGAAGUGAAUCAAGUGAAGACUUUAAUGCGUCUUCAAAAAGUAUCUUUUUUGAACACCAAGUACCAAAGCUAGAGAUUACUGAUAGAACUACAGCAAAUUUUUCGGCGCUCGUCAAAAGCGAGCAGGCAGCAGUGCAGACUUGUAUCGCCACUGCAAACACUGUCAUCACCAGUUUCUCGAUUUUUCAGGAUGUAACCGGAAAAGAUCUUGACAAAAUGUUGCCACCAAAAGAAAUCAAUGUCAUCGAUGUUAAAGCUGAGGACGUAAGACUUCAUGGAUUUCUUCCCAAAUGCACGUCAACACCGAAAACGAAUAGAAAGCCUCGAUUGACUGAAUUGCAAGAAAAAAUGAGAGAAAACGUGAAAACAGUUAUGACAAAAGAGGAAAAAGUUUCAAGAGUCGAGAAUGGAUCAGAGACGACGAGAGCUGAAAAACGAGUGUUUCAAAGCAGUCCUGUUACACCAAAGUUGCAAAAGUCGUUCACAGAAAGUCGCAAAAGAAAAGUAGAUGCGAGUGGUAGAAUGGAGAUGCCGAAAUCGAAAAAUCUUCGAAAGAGUUUAAAUCAAAGCGGGAUUUUGGAAGAAAGAUUGACAAUUUCAACAAAAGAAACCACAAUUCAACAUGGAAUAAAGCCCUCAUCUCAUUCGAAAGACGACACCGCUUCGACUUUCACUUGUAAAGAAUGCUUGGAGACGAUCAAGAUCUAUCAACCGCUCAACCUCUUCAAGCACAUUCUAGGGCAUGUACCUAAGAAUUUGUAUCUUUUUGAAUGUGAAGAAUGUGAGGAAUUGUUCGCCACUCGGCGAGAUCAAAAAAUUCAUAUGGCUUUCAAACACGCUUCUUCUAAACAAACGAUCAGAAAAGAUGCGGACAGGAUUUUGAAAGAUUUCUUUCAAUUUGGUGAGAAGAUUUUCCCAGAAUGCUCUCCACUUCUCGAGAUCUCUUGUAAUCAAAUGCGAAUCAAAAUAGGAUUACCUUCUUUA